GCCGAUCAUUGCUGGGCCAAUCGAUUAAGAUUUUUUUCUUGGGGGUAAGUUCCCACCUCGAAAUAAAACCCCACGCGCAUCAGAUCAAGACAACAGAUCCGCCAUAUCUGGUCGCGUGUGACUCGCUUGUGACUCUUUGCACCAAACCUCCAGGCCACCUCAAAUCAGUAUCAUGAUAUCCUAAACAAAAAGUCGGGCCAUUCCCGACCUCAAGUUAUUCAUACCCAGCAAACAAACAUACCUCUUUCAAAAUGGAGGCGCUCCGUUUGUACCGAACCGGCCUUGCCCAAUGUCGGCCGAACGCCUUGCUCCGACACCGGCCCAAACCAUGCGCUCGUCUCCAUGCGCAUGGUCCGCUCCAGCGUCGCGGCGCAUCGACGAAGCAGAAUAAAAAGGCGGAAAAGCGCACGCCCCCGCCGGAGGAAGUUCAGAUCCCGAUACCAAAUACCGUCCCGCCGGUCCCGGAACCGGCGCCGCGCCAAUGGUGGCAGCGGCUGGGGCCCAUCACGCGGGCCGCCGGGGCCUACGCAAGAGCGCAGCGCAGGCGCCCGUACGUCACGCAGCUGUGCACCUCGCUCGCCAUCUACUUUUGCGCCGACCUGUCCGCACAGAGCAUGGAUGACGAGUACGACCCGAAGAGGACGGUGCGGUCACUGGUUAUCGGGACGGUAUCGUCCAUACCUAGUUACAAGUGGUUCAUGUUCCUCUCCCACAACUUCAACUACUCUUCCAAGCUUCUCUCGCUCGCUACCAAGAUCGCCAUCAACCAAACCUUCUUCACGCCCCUCUUCAACAGUUACUUCUUUGGAAUGCAGUCCUUCUUGUCCGGUGGCUCAUUGUCGGACAUCGUCGACCGCAUCCGCCGCGCCGUACCGACCAGCAUCGUCAACUCGCUCAAGCUGUGGCCGGCCGUGACGGCAUUCAGCUUCACGUUCAUCGCACCCGAGUACAGGAGCGCGUUCGCUGGUGUCAUCGCCGUGGGCUGGCAGACGUACCUGGCUUAUCUGAACCGACAGGCCGAAAUGGCGGCCGCCGAGACGGCAGCGGCGAUCGAGGCUGCGCUGCCGGGUGCGGCGGCGAGGAUGGCUCAAGGGGCUGCGAUGGCUACUGCGGCAGAGCAGGAAGGUCGUUGACGGUUGGGACUUUUUCAUUUGUUUCUAGAUGGCGGACUCGUCUUUAUGCUCCAGGAUGCGUGCUGUUUGAUGCUUUAGGGAUGAUGGAUGGAUAUACCCAGCGCGAGACGCAAUAUUCCUUUUUAUUUACAGAUUUCGCCUCGUCCGUCGAAUGGUCGGUUUAGGCAUAGAAUAGACAGAUAGAUACACCUUUGUUCUCG